GAAAAUAAUUGUUAUUAAAUAUUUUCAAUAUCUUGCAGGUGGUUACUCCUCAGAGAAUGGAGCUGUUAAGGGUGAAGUUACGGGAAGAAGUUGAAGGACCCUACAAAGAGAGAUACGAAUCAAUGGAAACUGAAAUUGAUAAGUACCGAAGUGACUUCAACAAGCUACGAUAUGAUUAUUCCUUCCUGAAGUCUGAAUAUGAACAUGAACAGGCACAACACAAACAGAUUAUUGAAGAGCUGCAAGCUCACCACGACAUGGAGAUGACAUCACUCAAGAAAGAGAGAGAUUCACUAGUGCAAAAAUUGCAGCAAGAGGGACCCACAGAUGUACAAAGGACAAGAACAUUACAAAGAGAAAAUGCUCAGCUUCACAUGAAGAUCAAGGGCCUUUUGAGUGAACUGGAUGAAAUCAGAGCACAACGAGAAACAGCUGGCUUACAGUCUGACCAUGUAUCCAGAUUGCAAGCAAGGCAGCUGACAGAAAUGACUGCUAAGUGUAAAUCUCUCGAGACUGAGCGUGACUCUUUAAAGCUACAAUGUCAAACUUUACAGGAAGAAUUAGAGAAAAACAAUGAAGCACAGGAUGAGAUGACGACAGAAAUAAACAGACUGGAAAAAGAGACUAUGUCACAGAAAAGCCAAAUGGAAGAAAUGUCACACAAACACAAGGUCGAAUUGAGCAAUUUAAAGAUGAGUUUAAUGAAGAACAAAGGAGACUUAGAAAGAGACCGUGAUGAACUGAAAGCAGAAAUUGAAAGUCAUAACAACAAAGUUCAGGUUUUAGAAAGAACAAUAGAACAUCUAAAGAAAAUAAUUGAUGAAAAGGAACAUGAACUGAGUAAACGUGUGCAGUCAGCAAGAGAAGCAGAAUGGGAGAAAAUCACUCAGCUCGAACAAGCGAAGCUUCAGCUCGAGGCUAGUGUGGGACAAAUGGAAAGAGCGAAAGUGGACGCUGAGGCUGCGUAUCAUGUUCAGAUUGAGAAACUUGAAGACCAGCUCAGAUCGGUCGCAGAGGUCAAGAACUUAGCAGAGAAGGAAUGCAAUCAAAUGAGGACACAACUUCAAGAAACACGGAACAUAGCGGAUGACCUCGAGAAGGAAAAAUCGCGAACACAAGAGUUAAAACAAAAACAGCAGCAAUUACAAAACCAGUGUCAAAGUCUCUUGAGCAAUGAACAGCAACUACUGGCAGCAAACGAAAGACUUAAAACAUCGCUGGAGUUACUCAACGAUGAACUAACUAUCGCAAGAUCAGAUCUUCAGAGACAGCAAGAGGAAAGUCGGAGCAGUCUUGAACAGAAUAGGCAACAGUGGAAGGACGAAAAGAAUGCAUUGGAAAAACAGAUAACUGACUUGGAGAAAAAGCUAAAAGGAAAUGAAGAAAAUUUAAGGAAACGUGAAAAGGAGUAUAAAAAGAAAUCCAAGAAACACAAAGAAGAAAUGAGUCAACUUCACGACAAGAUGCAAGUUUUAGAGGCAAAAGAAGAACAACUGAAACUGGAGAGAGAUUCAGUCAAAAAACAUUUGGAGCUGGAGAAUGAGAAGAUAAAGAGACAGUUUGAGAAGUUCAGGAAAAGACAGAAUCGUUUCAAGAGUGUUCUAGACAGUAGCCAGGGUAUUGGGUUGGCGUUUAUUCCUACUUCUAGUUCACCUGUACCAUUUAACACCUCUGUAGAUCAGGAUCGACAGCAACGUGAUAUCGUAACAGUACGGGAACGACUUGAAGAGCUUGAGGAGAACCAAAAACAUAUCAGCGACUUAUUGACGAACUCAGAGAGACCCACAGGGGACAUGAGUAUCAGCUAACAGCACGCUGCUGAUGUAAUCACCAUGCCUCGAGUCGACACUAUAAUGAAAUACUGUAUUUAUUCCUUGCUUUCCAAAGGGAGGAUAGACCAAUUUCGAUAUAUUAAAAUUCAGCGUAAAACAAUAGACCUCAGUACGAGGCUCUGGGAAAUAAAUACAGAGUUUGUGGGGUUUAUUCCAAGAGCCUCGUUUUGAGGUCUGUUGUUAAUAUCUGGAAAUUGGUCUAUUUUCAAUGAAAGAUCAGAACGUGUUUGUAAUACAUUCAGUGCUGCAGUUCUUUUGAAAAAUGUGUAACAUUUUUAUCAAAGCGUGUAUGAUUUAAGAAAAAAGAAAAUGGAGUGUUUUAGGUUCAUUUACGCCAGCAUUAGCAUUAAAAUAUGAAAUGUAUUUUA